AUGUUAAACAUAGCUAAUGUUGUUCGUUCAUUCAAUCAAUUAGUGGAGGAAAAGUAUCCCGAUUGUAAAGAAGAUGGACCAUCUCCUCGAGAUGAUGUAACAGCCGAUCAACUCUUCCUAGUGUUGCAGUUAUUGACAACUUCAUGCGACAUGAUUGAAGGUGACAUUACAUUAAAUAUCGACGAUUACGAUGAUGACAAAUCUUAUACAAGUGAAUCAGAUAUUAACGAGGAAACUCAUACAGCUAGUAGCCAUUCAGAUUCUUAUCAAACUAUCCGUGAUAUUGUAGAAUUUGCAGAUACUCGUUAG